AUGGAGGAGGAAGAGCGGCCUAGGAAGCUCCAGAAGCUUGGACACGGUGGCGAAUUGGUCGAUCCACAACAGGAUACGCCGGAAAAUAACGAACCUCUUAUGUCUGGUGCAUUAAACGAAAAUAGUGCUGUGGAAGCUGGCCAGCAACCCGCCGACGGAACCAUCAACUCGGCGUUGUCAAUCGAGGCUUCUGAACGCCAAGAGAAUGCAAAUGGACAAACAGAGAAAGAAGAAAAUGGAACAACAGAGGUAGUUCGUCUGUCAAAGAGACAGCAGAAGAAAUUGAAGAAAGUGCAGCAAUGGGAGGCGCAACAGGACGAACGCAGGAUAAAGCGGAGGGAGAGGAAGGCGCAGCGGAGGGAACGCAUAAAAGAAGAACGCAGGCAAAAUGCAGAAGAAAACAAGGAUAAUAAUGUACAAAAAGAUCAAGUGCAACCUCAACGCCGACUGCUGGUCCCGGUAACUUUGGUGAUCGAUUGUGGAUGGGAUGACCUGAUGAAAGACGGAGAGCGGAAAUCACUAGCUACACAAAUCACGCGCUCGUAUUCGGAUAAUACAAAGGCUCCUUUCAGAUCUCAUCUUGUUAUAUCCUCGUUCGAUAAGCUGUUGAAAGAGCGAUUUGACAACGUGCUCCAGAAAGCUUACGAAAGUUGGAAGGGCGUCCGUUUCAUGCAGGAAGAUUUCGUUCAUGUGGCCGAGAAAGCUAAAACAUGGAUGACGGGUCCUAGAGGUGGGGAAUUGGCAGGGGUUUUUGAACAGAAAGAUGACUCCCUGACAGCUGACCCUGAGAAUGGGGAGAUCAUCUAUCUCAGCAGCGACAGCCCUAACACUUUGACCGAGCUCAAACCGUACAGCACAUACAUUAUUGGUGGAUUGGUAGACAAAAACAGACAUAAAGGCGUCUGCUACCAAAAGGCCAUUGAAAUGGGUGUCAAAACUGCGAAACUCCCCAUCGGCGAAUAUUUACGCAUGGCUUCAAGACCGGUCUUGGCUACUAAUCAUGUUGUUGAGAUUAUGAUCAAGUGGCUGGAACUCGGCGAUUGGGGCGAGGCUUUUAUGAAAGUUAUCCCUCCGCGAAAAGGCGGUACUCUCAAAACUGCAAAAGCUGACGAAGGACAUGUCGAAGAAGAGCCGGAGGCAGAUACCGCAGCGUUAGUUGUCGAGGAUGGCGACGAUUCCGAAGUCGAACCAGUUGCCGUUGCAGAAAACCAAUCUUAG